AUGGAGCCUCCCCCUUCUCUGAGCCUGGCUCUGCUGGGAGGCAGCGAGGACGAGGACCAGCGCUUCCUCCUUCCCCUGGGCAGCAUCUCCCACCCGCCCGCCGCCGGCAGCCAGCCCGGCUCCAACCACUCCAACCACAUGGGAGGGUCCAGCCUGGACCGUCUGAACGGCAGCACCCCAUCGCCGUCGCCUGCCACGCCCAACCUGCCCCAGGCGUCCCUUCCCAAGUUGCCCCUGUCGUCCUCCGGCGCCCAGCCCCUGCCUCCGCCCAUCCCCAACGCCCUGCACCCCACCAGCACCCCGCUGUCCUCCUGCCUGGGCUCGCAGCACAGCCUGAGCGGGGACAACUCCCCCGUCUACAACGCCCUCUUUUACUCCUCCCACUCGCCCUCCAUGGACCGGGAACGGGACCGGGAGCGCGACCGGGACCGGGAGCGGGGCUGCAAGCACCGGCAGGCCAGCCCUCUGGUACACCGCCGGGACAGCAACCCCUUCACCGAGAUCGCCAUGAGCUCCUGCAAGUACACCGGCGGGGUCAUGAAGCCGCUGAGCCGCCUCAGCGCCUCCCGCAGGAACCUCAUUGAGUCGGACAGCAGCAGCGAAACCAAAGAGGGCGGCGUUUCGGCUGCCCCUCCCACCUGCUCGGUGACCCAGACCUCCACCAACCAACCGCCGAUCCAGAGCCCCCCGGAAAUCGUGAUCUCGUCCAAAGAAGACUCGCCGUACCCCCGGGCAGGGUAUGACAUCACUGACUCCACGUCCAACCAGAUGUCCAUCUACCACCAGAACCAUGCGCUGGUGGAGAGCCGGCGGGCGCAGCCGGGGCGGGGCAGCCGGCAGGGCGGGGUCGGGGCGGUGGGCGCCGGGGCCCGGGGCAGCACCUCCAAGGCCCCCAAACGGAAGAACCAAAACAUUGGCUAUAAACUGGGGCACCGCAGGGCGCUGUUCGAGAAGAGGAAGCGGCUGAGCGACUACGCCCUCAUCUUCGGGAUGUUUGGCAUCGUCGUCAUGGUGAUCGAGACGGAGCUGUCGUGGGGCGUUUACACUAAGACCUCCAUGUAUUCUCUGGCCCUCAAGUGUCUGAUCAGCCUGUCCACAGUCAUCCUGCUGGGCCUCAUCAUCGCCUACCACGCACGGGAGGUUCAGCUGUUCGUCAUCGACAACGGAGCCGACGACUGGCGCAUCGCCAUGACGAUGGAGAGGGUUCUGCUGAUCGCUCUGGAGCUGCUGGUGUCCGCCGUGCACCCGGUGCCCGGAGACUUCAAGUUCCAGUGGCGGGCUCGGCUGGCCUUCUCCUACGCGCCCUCGCAGGCCGAGGCCGACCUGGACAUGGUGCUGAGCGUGCCCAUGUUCCUGCGCCUCUACCUCAUCGCCAGGGUCAUGCUCCUGCACAGCAAACUCUUCACCGACGCCUCCUCCAGGAGUAUAGGUGCCCUAAAUAAGGUCCAUUUCAACACACGCUUUGUAAUGAAAACCCUCAUGACCAUCUGCCCCGGGACGGUGCUGCUGGUCUUCAGCAUCUCUCUGUGGAUCAUCGCUGCCUGGACCGUGCGAGUGUGCGAGAGGUAUCACGACGCCCAGGACGUGACCAGCAACUUCCUGGGCGCCAUGUGGCUCAUCUCCAUCACGUUCCUGUCCAUCGGCUACGGAGACAUGGUUCCCCACACCUACUGUGGCAAAGGAGUGUGUCUGCUCACGGGCAUCAUGGGGGCGGGAUGCACGGCUCUGGUGGUUGCCGUGGUAGCCAGGAAGCUGGAGCUGACCAAGGCCGAGAAGCACGUGCACAACUUCAUGAUGGACACGCAGCUCACCAAACGGAUAAAGAACGCGGCGGCCAACGUGCUGAGGGAGACUUGGCUCAUCUACAAACACACCAAGCUGAUGAAGAAGAUCGACCACUCCAGAGUCCGCAAACACCAGCGGAAGUUCCUGCAGGCCAUCCACCAAUUACGCAGCGUGAAGAUGGAGCAGAGGAAGCUGAGCGACCAGGCCAACACGCUGGUGGACCUGUCAAAGAUGCAGAGCGUCAUGUACGAGCUCAUGUCGGAGCUCAACGAUCGCAGCGAGGACCUGGAGCGCCAGAUGUUGUCCCUGGAGCAGCGGGUGGAGCAGCUCACCGCCGGCUUCAACGCCCUGCCCGCCCACCUGUCAGCCACGCUGAGCGCCCAGCACGCCGCCCUGGUCCACCUGCUCCGGGAGAGGGACGCCCGGGACGGCCGGGGGGGCGGGGGCGCCGUGGUGCCGCUGUCCCCGUCCCUCACCACCGUGGCGCCGCCGGUUUCUCCGGUGCAGGUCGCCGUGGCCGCCGCCGUGGCCGUCGCCCCUCCUGCGCCGGCCCAGCUCGCCACCCUGGCCUUGGAGUCGCCGCUGUCGCCUCCUCCGCCCCUGAGCCCCGAGGGCAGCCUGGAGGCCAGCCCCACCCCCAACACCUGCACCUCCAGCUGCUGA